AUGAAUCAAUAAAACAGCGAAGGAUAUGCUCUUAUUUCUAAAGCAAAAUUUAUGAAUUCUUCUAUUUUUAACAGUAAUCCCUUAAUCCUUUUAAAUUAACUGUCUAAUAUCGAUUUAAUGAAUGUACUAAUAAAAGAUGUAGUUUAUAUAAAUAGCUAGCAUACUUCUAUAUUUAUGAUAUAAGAUUGCAAAUUAGUUACUAUUUCUGAGAGUCAUUUUAUAAACAACAUAAAUAGUAAUGGCCCUGGAGGUGUUAUUUAUGCACUUAAUAAUAAGAAGAUAAUAAUAUAAAAUUCCAUUUUUUGGCUUAAUAUUUGUAAGUUAUAGAGUGGUGGAGCUAUUUAUAUGAUUAACACUAUUAUACAAGGAGUUUUAAAAAUAAACUAAACUUAGCUAAUAGAAAAUAAAUCAGGUUAUUCUUCUGGUGGCUCAAUUUAUCUCGAAAAUAAUAACAUGAUCAUGUAAAAUUCAGUUAUAGCUUCAAAUUAAGCAUAAAUUGGAGGAGGAAUAUAUUAUACUCAGGUUAUGCCAGAUUUUUUAACUGAUCUUUAAUAAGGUAAUAAAAAUAAUAAUACUUUUAAAGACAAUCUAGGGUAUAUUUAUGGAUAGAAUUUUGGUUCUACUUUAAGGAAAGUAUUUAUUAAUUUAGAAAACAUAAAAAUUCCUAAAUAUAGUUUAAAGUUAUAUGAAGAUAAAGAUAUAUUUAUAAAAAAACUAAAAAGUGGAGAUUAAAUAAAUUUGGAACAAAUAUAAUUGCUUGACGAAGAAAAUAAUCCAAUUAGAUUUAUAGAUGUUAACUCUACUGAUUUUUCAUUAUUAAGUAGUGAUGUUUAAUCUUUAGUGCAAUAAAUAAGCGUUUCUGUAUAAUGGAACUAAGAAAACAAAGAAAUACAAUGCGUUGGAUAACUUUAAACAAAAUAAUUUACAAAUGGGGGCUUUAACUUAGAUGUUCAGAUUUUUUACAAACCUAUUUCUGAAUUGGUAUUAAAAAUCUAGAGUAAUUCAUUUCCUUCACUAAUAGAUUCAAAUGGAAAAAUUGUGGUUAAUUAUGGUUAAAUAGAAUUAAUAUUGAAUAUAGAAUUGGAGUAGUGUUCAAUAGGAUAAAUAUUUAAAUAAUACGGUAGCUCAAUAGCAUGUGAAACAUGCCCUGAUGGUAAAUAUUCUUUAAGUUUAAAUGAUCAAGAGUGUAAAAUAUGCCCUGAAUCUGCUGUUAGAUGCAUAGGUUCUAAUAUCUAAUUAAAAAGCGGAUAUUGGAGAGAAGAUGAAAAUACUGACAAUAUUAUCUACUGCAGUAUGAACCCUCAAUCAUGCUAACCUUAACUUUCUUCUUCUAAAUUUUACUGUAUUGAAGGACAUAAAGGUCCUCUAUGCUAUUAAUGUGAUACAUACGGUGAUAUUUGGGGAAGUAGAUAUUCUGAAAUUUAUAAUCAUGGAGGAGAAUGCUAUAAAUGCGAGCAAAAUAUUGAUAAAAUAGUACUUUACAAUUUACUAGCAUACUUAAUGAUUUCUCUUUACAUAAUUAUAAUCCUAAGAAGAAUUAUAAUGCAGCUUGAAGUUAAAGUUAAAGGAUAUUAUUUAAAUAAAUUAGAAAUUAUUUAUUUAGGAUCAACAUUAAAUUAAUCUGAUAGAUCAUAAAUUAUUUCGAAAAUUCUCACCGAUCAUUUAUAAAUACUAUCAUUAGUAUGCUCAUUUGCAACAAAAAUGCCUGCUUUUUUUACUGUUCCUAUUUAACUAUCAGGAAAUUCAGUUAGUGUGGUUAGUAAAUCUAUUGAUUGUGUUUUUUCUAAACACCCAAAUUUACAACCUUUGUGGUUAUUCUAAUUUCUUUGGUCAUUUACUUUACCAGCAGGAAUACUUAUUUUUUACAUAGUUUAAGGAUUUAUUUUAAAGCGAUUACAAAUAGAUUUUUUUAUCAGGUAUUUAUAAACUGCUGCUAUUUUUAUUUAUUUUUACUUUUACCCUAUGAUAAUUACUCUUGCUAUUAGAUCUAUUAAUUGUAUAACUAUAGGAGAUAAAAAGUAUUUAGAUCUAGAUUUUGGAAUUGAAUGCUAUGAUAAACAUUAGCAUAAGCCGUACAUAUUUUUAUUUACCAUUCCUGUUAUUUUUAUAUGGGGUUUUGUAAUACCUUUAUUACUAUUCUAUAAAAUUCACGAUGCUAAAUCCAAAAAAAAGUCGAUUAUUAAAUAAAUAAAAUAUUCUUUCUUAUUUGCUGGAUAUAAAAAACAAUACUAUUACUGGGAGUUUUGGAAAUUGUCUUAUAAAACAAGUUUGAUUUUAAUAUCUGUUUUAAUAUAGCAAAACAUCUAAUUAAAGUUUAUAGCAAAUAUCGACUCUAAUAUGUACACUACUUUAGUAAUAGGAUUGUUAAGACUAAAAAUUACAAAUCAAGAGAAGGAAAGAACAUUUUUAUAAAAUUUAAUAUUUAAACUUAAAAAAAAAUAUCCUUAAUUGCUUUAUGUGGAAAUAUAAAAUAGUUAAAAGGAGCUUGAUAAUUCACCUUCUUCACCCUAAUCGCAUCUAAUAACUUAAACUGAAACGAUUGAUGAAAAAUAACAAAUUAUGAAAAAAAAAAACUCUAAUAAAAGAAUCGCAAAUAAAUGGCCCUACUACACAAGAAAUUCUAAAUAAAACUAAAUAUCCUUAAAAGAUAGAACAUUUGAUAAGCAAAACUUAUUUAAUAGUAAUGCAAUCGAUAGUAUUAUUUAAGAAACUGAAUGUUCCCCAUAAAAUAAUCAAUAAAAUAAUAGCCCUAAAUUUUAAAUACAGCUCUCUCUAGAUAAAAGUUGA